AUGAGGUUCACCUCGAGCGUCCUGCCCUUCAUUGCGGCCGUGUCGGCGUUUUUCCCGCAGAUCCAAGCGCGAUCUCAAGCGCAAGCAGCCAUUCGCCAGGUCACACCUAUUGAGAACGCCAUCAUCCGCACGCCAUCUCACCAAAUCAGUCACCUGGACCAUUUUGACCUCACAUUCGAAUUGCGUCGUCAUGACAAGCGGAUAAAGCUUGAGCUCGAGCCAAACCCUGAUAUUCUCGCCGACGAUGCAUAUGUGCAGUAUGUUGGCACUGACGGACAGUGGCACGGCGAGCCAAUCCACCGACAUGAACAUAAAGUCUUCCGUGGUCGAGCUCUGGUCGGUUCGGGCAAGGGGAGAUGGACUCCGACAGGCUGGGCUCGAAUCACAGUCACCCGCGAUGGUCCAGAACCGCUCUUCGAGGGCGCCUUCAGCAUUGGCGAGAAUAAACACCAUAUCGAGCUGCAGUCCACCUAUUUGGUCAAGAAACGGCCAAUGGACACGGACAUCGAGCACCGUAGCAACGAUUACAUGAUUGUCUAUCGGGACACGGAUAUGCUUCGAUAUGGCCCUACCGAAUUGAAAAGAUCCCUCUCAGACCCGUCAGGCUGCACCGCCCAGCUGCUCGACUACAAUUCCAACCUGACCAAUGCACUCUUCCCCACUAGUUUCGAGCAAGCGGGUAACCGCUGGGGAGUCGCCUCGCUGAAUUCUCUGUUUGGUCUGACCAGGCGCCAAAGUGAUGAUCUAGGCGGAGUGUCAGGCAACACCGCCGGUGUGAACCUGAAAUCAACUAUUGGCGAUACCUCCGGGUGUCCCAAGACCAAGAAGGUGGCGCUGAUCGGCGUGGCCACGGAUUGUGAAAUGACCAGCUAUUUCAAGUCGAAUUCCACGCCCAAGGAUGCAGCCAAGGAUUUUGUCAUUAAUCUGGUCAACACCGCAUCGACCGUCUAUGAAGAUUCUUUCAAUAUUUCGAUUGGCCUGCGGAAUCUCACGGUCAACGAUGUCUCGUGUCCCACCACUGCUACAGCGGCUACCCCGUGGAAUAUUGGCUGUGCGGGCGGCAAUAUUACCUGGCGACUGAAUGAAUUCUCCAAGUGGCGUGCUGACAACGCCGAUAGCAAUGCCUACUGGACCCUCAUGACCGGAUGUCCUACUGGCUCCGAGGUUGGAAUCUCGUGGCUGGGUCGGCUCUGUCACUCUGAUUUGGUCAGCUCUGGCUCUAGCUCCGUGACGGGUGCCAACGUCGUCGUCGGCAACCAAGGCUCAACUUGGCAAAUCUUCGCCCACGAGUCAGGCCAUACCUUUGGGGCUGUCCACGAUUGCGACACAGAGACCUGCAAGGAGAAUCUAGAAGAAUCCUCUCAGUGCUGCCCCCUCACUUCGUCAACUUGCAAUGCCAAUGCCCAAUAUAUCAUGAACCCGUAUGCCGAGUCCACCAUGACGAAUUUCUCCGAGUGUACCGUCGGUAAUAUCUGUUCCGCUAUCGGCCGCAAUAGCAUCAAGUCGACUUGCCUCUCUGAUAACCGGGGCGUCGUGACUAUUAGCGGCAGCACGUGUGGCAACGGUAUCGUAGAGACUGGCGAGGACUGUGACUGUGGCGGCGAACAGGGCUGUGAUGAUAAUGCCUGUUGUGACGCGACGACCUGCAAGUUUAAGAAUAAUGCUGUCUGCGAUGAUUCCAACGACAGUUGUUGCAGCAGUUGCCAGUACACCUCGGCGGGCACCGUAUGCCGCGCAAGCACGAGCGUCUGUGAUAUAGCCGAGACAUGUACUGGCAACUCCAGCACCUGCCCAGACGACCAGUACAAGGAUGAUGGCUCUUCCUGUGGCUCCUCCGGCCAGGGCUUGACUUGCGCCAGCGGCCAAUGCACCAGCCGCGACUAUCAGUGUCGAAGUGUAAUGGGUACCCUGGUCAACAGCAACAACACCUGGGCCUGUGAAAACACCGUCGACCCCUCGUGCAGUCUCGUCUGCGCUGCACCCGCCGGUGUCACCAAAUACCCCGCUGGCACCUGCAUCGGAUUGAACCAGAAUUACCUUGACGGCACACCCUGUGAUUCCGGCGGCAAAUGCUACAGCGGACAGUGCAAGGGCUCAUCCGUCGGGGGCUGGGUCCGAGAUCAUAAGAAGCUCGUUAUCGGCGUCUGUGUCGGCGUUGGCAGUCUCAUCGUGCUGGCUUUGCUGUACUGCCUCAUCAGUCGGUGUCGUAUGGCUAAUGCCAGACGCCGAAUCGCCAAGGCACCUCCACCAGCCAUGGGUCGCUUUGCUGGACCCCCGCGAGGACCGCCUCCAGGACCGCCGCGCGGCCCUCCGAUGGGUUGGUACGGCCAGCCUAAUGCGUAUCCGAAUGUGCCCCCGCCUCCUCGUUAUGCCUGA